AUGUCGAUCGUUUUUGUGCCCCAAAAACUUCGCGGCAAUGCCAAAAUCAACCAGGAAACAAUUCAGAGGCUGCUGGACGAAAACGACCAGUUAAUACGAUGCAUCUUCGAGUACAUGCAAAAGGGACGAGCCGUGGAGUGUGUCAAAUAUCAACAAUUCUUACACCGUAACAUUGUCUACCUGGCAACCCUGGCCGACGCCAGCCCUGACGACGACGUGCCUUCGACCUCGACGACGACGUGGCAAUCUGUGACAGUGGCGAAUAAAGCUCCGUGCGUUCCAGCAGGAACAACAAAUCCGGAAGCUGCUUCAACCACCCUGCCUCAUCAGUCGUAG